CCAAUCGCUUGGCGACCUUCUUGAACAAGUAGAGAGGAGUGAGAUGAGAUGAACAGUGAAACAAGAGUGACAAGUGAGUCACUACCUCUCAAUGGACUUGAUUUCGCUAAUCUUUAGUCUUCGGUUGUGAUGGAUCGAGUCAAUUAUGCAUUUCCCUCUAAUUCUCUUCCAAUGUGUGUGAACAAUGUUCAAAUGCAAUUACCCCUCUCUGCUGCUUCUUCUUCCUCUUCACUCCUGCUAGUUUGUUAGCCAUUCUCUUUUCUCUUUGAUCCCUCAGUUUCAUUUCUCAAUUGCUGUCCAGGGAAGAGGAACAAAUAGUAUCUAUCUCCUCCUCCGCCGGCAUGGCAUCUCCAACGCAGUUAAUCUCUCGAAACUUGCCGGUUGGAUGGAGAUUCCGCCCGACCGAUGAAGAGCUUCUCUGUAAUUAUUUGAAGCCGAAGAUACUAGGCGAUCCGAUCGGCGGCUCUGACGUCGAGGAAGAUAAUUUAUGCGAUUACGAUCCUUGGGACCUAUUUGGUAAAUUCAAGAGCAAAUAUGGUGAUGAUAAGGAGAGAUAUUUCCUUUCUCCUUGCGAGUAUUACGAAAGGAGUGGGCUCCGCAAGAGGAAAGCAAAGAGUGGUGGAUACUGGAAGUGCACUGGUGAUCCUCGCCUAAUCACACUUGGAGAUAGCGAUGAGGUGAUUGGAACAAAGAGAUCUUUGGUGUACCAUAAUCCCAAUGCAACUGAUCUGAUCAAAACCGAAUAUACCUAUACUGCAAAACUUGACAGGCCUAUUCUGGGUAAUUUUGUCCUCUAUAAAUUAAAGAGAAAAUCAAAAAAGAAGCAAGCACCAAGUAAGAGGGCAAUGAAAGCCAAACCACAUUGCAGGAAGACUAGACCAAAUAAGAAGGCAAGGCGAGAUGAAUCAUCAAAUUCUACAGCUUCAUCUUUGGCCUUUGAAAAUAAGAAUACAAAGGAUACGAUUGCUAAUGCUGCCAAUGGUGCUGAAGGUAAAGAAAGGAACCGUAUGGUUUCUGAUAUAGAAAAUCAAUAUCCUCCAAAUAAGAAGACUGCUAGUUCAACCUAUGAGAAAGGUGAAUCAAGUUAUCCAAAGGCUUCUGAUGUUGAAAAUCAAAAUCUUUCAGAGACUGCUUCUGCCUUAACCUCUAAUAAAGGUGAAACAAGCAGCCUAAUGGCUUCUUCUACUGGGAAUCAGAAUUUUAAUCAGAUAACUAUUGUUUCAACCAAUAAUAAAGGUGACAAGAGUUGCACAGUGGUUUUUGAUUUGGAAAAUCUUAUUCCAAAUAAAAUUACAGAUACCUCAUUGUAUGACAAGAGUAAACCUAUUUGCCCAAGGGCCUCUUGUGUUGAAAUUCAAAAUUCGCAUGAGAUGAUUAAUGUUUCAUCACAUAACAAAGAUGAAACGACUUUCCUCAUGGAUUUUGAUUUUGAAAAACAAAAUCCAAUUGAGAAGAUUACCAUGUUAUUGCAUGAUAAAGCUAAUGCAUGUUGCCUUGUUACUUCGGAUUUUGGAAUCCAAAAUCCUAGUAAGAAGAUGGGUAUAUCAGCCUCUAUAGCAGGUAACUGGAGUCCCUUGACUGCAAUGCCUUCAGAUUUUGAUAAUCAAAAUCAAUACCAGAAGACUGAUGUACCAGUACCGGAAGAAGAUUAUUGCAUCGUAAUGGCUUCCGAAGUAGGAGAUACUACGAUUCAAGAAGUUCAGUAUCAAUAUAACAAAACAGAUAUGCCAAACCUGGAAGAUUAUUCAGGUUUUCUGAAGGCUUCUGAUAUUGAGGAAACACCAUAUGAAGAAGUUCAAAGUCAUUAUAAGAAGGCAAAUAUGCCAAAUCUUGAAGAUAAGGAGGGUCCCUUAAUAGCUUCAGAUAUAGAGGAAGCUAUAUCUCUUGCGGUGGACCCUCAACAGCUUGCGGAGAUGAUAGCCUGCCUGGACUCUGUGCUGCAGCAGCCUGUUCAUACCAAUGAAAGCCCCAAUCGCAUUUGCUUUGGUAUGCAAGAUCAUUAUGAGAAGAUAGAUAAACCAAUCCUUAACAAUGGUCCCUUGACAGGAGAGUCUAUGGUUACUGAGAUAGACCCUCAACAGCUGGAAGAGAUAUUCGCAUUCUUCGAACUAAAAGACAUCGUGAACUCGCAGCAGCAGCCUAUUCACACUGAGGAAUGCCCCAAUGCCAGUGGCUUUGAUACUGGAAUGUCCACCUGAUUAGUUCCUAUAUGGUUCCUACUUUGGAAAUAAACUACAUAAUACUCUGUAUAAUUUAUGUGUGGCUAAAGAGGUUAGCUCAUUUCCCUUAGCUCUGCGUUAACUGUAUCAGAACGAAACUAUGAUAAUAGUGCAGGAAUCAAACAGCUCUAGUUGUUUGGUUCCUCAAGUCAAUGGUUGAUAUGCCCAUUGAUAGGCUUAAUGAUAGAUUUGCAGAUAUAGAAUCCUUUUAGCAGCUGCAGCUUCAAGCUGCAGUCCUUAACAUGAUACCCUUUUUCCCCCUAAUACUGCCGCAAUAUUAGUAUAGUAAUGUUACUAUACUGAAAGCGAUGCGACUCUCGUUGAAGAGUUACGACUAGCCUAUUGGCUUCUGAUUUCUGCAAUUCUAGAGUUAUGACUAGCCUAUUGGCUUCCCCUCCUGUAGUCUUUUUAUGAAGGUGUGGUUGUAUUAAGAGCUAACAGCUUGUACUUUAUGGAUAUGUAUCCUUGUAAAUAUGUUGAAAAAGAAGUUUAGUUAAAUUCAAGCUGCCUUUUAUUGUUAGUA